AAUCUCUUGAAAAAGAUGGUACUGGAAAAUCUGAACCCAAUGCACUACAACAUCACCAGCCUAGUACCAAAUGCGAUGCCAGUGGCCACAGUUCCUGUUGUCAUACUCAUGUGUUUUCUGUUUCUGCUAUGGAAUCAUGAAGAAACUUCAUCAAUACCAGGGCCAGGAUACUGCAUGGGCAUUGGUCCCCUCAUUUCACAUGGGAGAUUUCUCUGGAUGGGAGUAGGUAAUGCCUGCAACUACUACAAUAAGACAUAUGGAGAAUUUGUGAGAGUUUGGAUCAGCGGCGAAGAAACAUUUAUAAUUAGCAAACCUUCAGGUGUGUUCCAUGUAAUGAAACACUGGCAUUAUGUUUCUCGAUUUGGGAGCAAACUUGGAUUACAGUGCAUUGGCAUGUAUGAAAAUGGGAUCAUAUUUAAUAACAACCCAGCACACUGGAAAGAAAUUCGACCCUUUUUCACCAAAGCUCUGUCUGGUCCUGGUCUUGUGCGUAUGAUAGCAAUUUGUGUUGAAUCAACAAUUGAUCACCUGGACAAACUACAUGAAGUAACCACUGAAGUAGGAAACAUCAACGCGUUGAAUCUUAUGAGACGGAUCAUGCUUGACACAUCUAACAAACUUUUUCUUGGGAUCCCUUUGGAUGAACAUGCCAUUGUACUUAAGAUUCAAAACUACUUUGAUGCUUGGCAAGCACUUUUAUUAAAACCUGACAUCUUUUUUAAGAUUUCUUGGCUGUGCAAGAAAUAUGAAGAAGCAGCCAAGGAUUUGAAAGGAGCAAUGGAGAUCUUAAUAGAACAGAAACGACAAAAGCUUUCCACUGUUGAAAAGUUGGAUGAACAUAUGGAUUUUGCAUCCCAGUUGAUUUUUGCCCAGAACAGAGGGGAUCUGACUGCUGAGAAUGUGAACCAGUGUGUGCUGGAAAUGAUGAUUGCUGCUCCUGAUACUCUGUCUGUGACUCUCUUCUUCAUGCUAAUGUUGAUUGCAGAGCACCCCACAGUGGAAGAGGAGAUGAUGAGAGAAAUUGAAACUGUUAUGGGUGACAGAGAGAUACAGAGUGAUGACAUGCCAAACUUAAAAAUUGUGGAGAAUUUUAUUUAUGAAAGCAUGAGAUACCAGCCAGUUGUGGACUUGAUUAUGAGAAAAGCUCUACAAGAUGAUGUGAUUGAUGGCUAUCCUGUGAAAAAAGGGACAAACAUUAUUCUCAAUAUUGGACGUAUGCAUAAGUUGGAAUUCUUCCCAAAGCCAAAUGAGUUUUCUCUUGAAAAUUUUGAGAAAAAUGUUCCCUCACGCUAUUUCCAACCAUUUGGAUUUGGCCCUCGGGGCUGCGUAGGAAAGUUUAUUGCCAUGGUAAUGAUGAAAGCAAUUCUGGUGACUCUUCUGAGACGGUGCAGAGUGCAGACAAUGAAAGGAAGAGGCCUUAACAACAUCCAGAAAAAUAAUGACUUAUCCAUGCACCCAGUAGAAAGACAGCCUCUGCUGGAGAUGGUUUUCACACCUAGAAGACACCCAAACAGCAUUCAGGGUAACUAAAAGGGAUCAGCAUAGAAUAAACCAGGUUGGAAGAGACCUUCAAGAUCAUCGCGUCCAACCUAUCAUCCAACCCA